AUGCCGGUACGCCUGGUCCGCCGUGACAAUUCAGACAAAGUGGACAUUCCUGUGAGCAAUUUGGUUGAGCAAGUAAAAGAUUUCUUGGAUAGAAUUCAGGAAAAUCUAUUUGAUGUUGCGAAACAAAAGCGAGAUGCUUCUAUCAGGGUUGCAAAGACAUGGGAUGAAUUUAUCGAAGCUCUAAACCAAAAGAAAAUGAUCUUGGCUCCUUGGUGUGAUGAAAUGGAAGUAGAGGAGGAUGUGAAAAAACGAACAAAGGGUGAAACUGGAGCAGCUAAGUCACUCUGCACCCCAUUCGAGCAGCCUGAACUUCCUGAAGGGACACUUCGCUUUGCCUCCGGAAAGCCAGCAAAGAAGUGGACUUACUGGGGCAAGAGUUACUAG